CCCGUCAGUUCCGUCCCCGGCCCUGGGAACUGCUCUUGACCCCUCUCUGCGUAUCUGCCGGAACCUGGCUGGCAGCGCUACUUGCUGCCCCGCCAGGCCGAGUGAGGGCGGAGCCGGGCCUCCAGCCGCGAGGACUGGAGCCGCGGGAGGUGGAGCCCCGGUCCGGAAACCGGGAAUCCGCGGCCAUGACGGUGCCGGUACGCGGCUUCUUGCUGCUCCGGGGCCGCCUCGGCCGAGUGACGGCGCUGGACAGAAGCACAGCACCCUCCGUAAGGGCACCGGGAGAGCCCAGGAGCGAGUUCCGCGGCUUUCGGAGCAGCAGUGUGAGGACCAGCAGAGAGAAGAGAUUCCAUCUUCCAGAGGUUGCCACUGUCUGCCUCCCCACUUGUCCCCAUCCACAGUCAUCUUUUUUAUAUAUAUAGACACACAUUAGUUGUCUAGUUCUUCAUAGUUAAUGUGAUUUAAGUCUGACAUCAUUUCUUUUGCCAUGAAAUUUACACCUUAGUGUUACUCUCACUGAAAAUUGCCUUUAAGUUUGAUAAACUCUUAUCCCAGUGAUAUUGACUGUUUUAAAUUAACAGAUUUGUCACGAUUUCUGAGCUAUGUAGAGCCUUAAUUGAAAAAGUAUCUUUGAUUAUUUUUCAUAUUUUGGCCACAUACCUAUAAUAAUGGAAUAUUUACAAUGCUUUUUAGUGGAGAAUUUUUUUAAGUAGAAUUUCAAUAAAUAAUGUUUGAUGGAGUUUGGAAGUUACCGUAUUUUGAAGUAUCAUUUAACAUUUUCCUCUCAAUGAGUUUUCCUUUAAAAUUUGCAAUGAAUUUGUUUUCCUGUUUAUGCAUGAGAAUUUAGGUCUUAUUAAUUGGGGGAAAUUAAUGUUAAAGUAGUAAAUAAGCCCUUCUUGUUGCAGCUUAUUGUUUCUUGAAAUGAAUUAACUAUCCAGGCAAAAGGUUAAAAAUGAAAAAAAAAGUCUUUGUAACUAAAUUCUUCCCAUUUUGUUGUGGUGUGUGAGCAGUUUACAAAUCAAAAUGUCCUUGGUUAAAAGUCAUCACCUGAGUUUGUGCGCAGUGCUUUUCAGUGUGAGAAGCCUGGUAGCAGCCCAUCCCAUUUGGGUGGGAAGGUUAUAGACCUUGCCAUGCUCAAAGCAGAUUUGUAGGUAUCCUGCAAUAUGGGCACUUUCACAAACCCCGCUUUGGCUUAUUCUACCUGAACUACUUAUUUUAAUUAACUAAAUGGAUAUCUCAAGCAUUCCAUGUUUAUCCUGUUGCUCAGUGAAUCCUCUGAUCGUUAAUUUGGUAGAUUCUCUUUUUUCUCCUCAUCCUAUUCUUUUAGCUUUAAAAAAAACUGUGUACUGCCUACAGGUCUUUUGGAAGUUUCACCUUUCUCUUUGUCGCACUGGCAUCGGCUUUAUAAUUUUUGCAGCUAGACCACAUUUUUAAAAAAUCUACAUUUUUGGACCUAGUAAAAGAUACUUAUUUGUUUUAUUUAAGUGUUCAUGUCUUUUACCAUGGGUAGUUAAGUUUAAUAAUUAAAAAAGACACACUUUAUCAGUAACAAUGUUCAUUUUUUUUCAGACUCUUCCCUCUACUACUUACUCUGUAUUUCUGUCUCUUCUAAUGACUAGGAAAGGCCGUUUCUCAAAAUCAUCUUCUAUUUAGUUGGCAAAUUUGAUAAUGUGGUGGUGUUCCUAUCUUCCUGCUAUACCUGUUCUACUGAAAAUGAGAUAUAAUAGCCAUCUGGCUACAAUUUUGAUUUCCAAGAAAUUCUUAUGUCAUUUUAAAUUCAAAAACUAAAUAUUUCAACAUUUGAUCUCAUAAGUUUUCUUUGUUCCAGCUGUUUAGAAAUAGUGUGUUCUAAUAUUUCCACAAUCAAGAUUUUUGACUAAAAUGGAUCAGUAGAUGAAAAAGAGGGACUAGUAGUAAUUUUAGAUCUCGUUAGUUAAUCAUGAUCUUACUAAUAAUUUGGCAAUUUCUUUAAUGACCCAAAUCUUUGUUGUUCAAAUGCCUUGAAGUUGUUAUUCUUUCAUAUUAGUACUCUGAUGGGAGGAUGAAAACAGCAGAAAGGAGCAACACCAGAUGAUCUUUCCAUGGGCACAUACUCUUUCAAGGAAUCCCACGGAACUCGUGAAAUUACGCUUUGGCUUAGAGAUAAUUAAGUUGUGGAGGGAGGUUUAAGAGAGGAGCUUGGGUGAAAUUUGAGCUGUAAAUGAGUAUGCUAAAUUAAAGAAAUGAUUAGUAAUAAGUGAUAUUUGCUGUUAAGAAAUUCACUUGGGAUUUGAGAAGACAUUGUACAUGCAAGGUAGAAAACUUUAUGGUCAGAAUAGAACACAAUCUGAACCUAAAUUAACAGUAGUGUUAAAGAAUUCAGGGCAGGGUAUUAUCCAAGAAGGCUUAGCCAGCUGCUCCACUUAAGGUUACAUCAUAAGUGGUUUCUGUGUUGCUAUUGUUUUUAUUAGCAUUUCAAUGACUGCAUCAUGUUAUAUUAAAUCAAUUGGCCCUAACUUACCUAACCAUCUUGCUGUUUUUUAAUGUCUAGUUCUUGGAAAAUAUGUAAUAAUUUACUCUCAGAUUGAGGUCAUGUUCUUGUCAACAUCAUACCAACCAGGUUUGUUCACUUCAUCAUCUGAACUCUAUGUAGGUUUCUAUAAUUAGGCUCAUUAGAGUGUUCCUAGAUCCAAAGACUAUCUAAAGAUCUAAAGAUUCAUAAUUCUAAAGUGAGGGCGUGUGUAUAGUUUGCAACAGAUGUUCUCUCCCCACUUUUUUUUUUUUUUUUUUUUUUUGCUGUUUGUAAUUAACUGGAACUGCAAUGAAUGCCAUCAUGCUUUUAAGGAAUUCAGUUGUAUUGUUGAAAAAGACAUUUUUCUUAAUAUCUAAGGAGCUCUUGAUGUUAAGCACUUUGCUGAGAUUUUGCACAUACAGUAUGUCCUUCCAUCCUCACAACAACUAAAGGAGGUAGAUAGACACUAUUACUAUCUAUUUCCAGUUAACAGAUUGAGAAAUUGAGGCUUAAAGAAAUUAAACUUGUCCAAGUUGACACAGUAAAUACAUGGUGAAGACAAGGCCUGAACCCACAUCAUCUUUCCAGUGUUCUUCUCUACAGGCAGUUUAUAAUUAUUGACUUAUCUCACUUUUGCUUUUUCUUCUUUUUGAAACAUUUAUUAAUAUUAAAUCUCAUAGAACUUUUGUGAAUCUCGAAAGCUAAUUUGCAUGUAUAUUUUACAAAUUAUUUUGUUAGAUUCCCUCAGUUUGAGAUGUUCUUAACCUAGGACCUUAUGGAUAGAAUUCAGGGGAUUCAUAAACUUGGAUUGGAGGUGACUAACUUCUAAUUAAUUUAGCUUUUCUUUUUUCCAUUGUCAGUGUUGGCAACAAAUACAUAAUAUCAUUAGUACAUGUGACUUGCUAAUAUAAUUUACAAAUACUUCAGUAUCACGAAGUUGAGGCAGAUACCACAAAACAUCAUCUGCACAUCACUAUUUUGUUAUGGUAGUUAGACCUACCACUAGAUUCUGUUAUUUAAUACUUUUUAAAAAAAGCAUUUGAUAGUAUUUCAGUAAAAUUGGUUUUCCUUGUACUUUGUAUUUUAUAUUGAAUGUUUAAAGGGAUUGUUCUGGGAAAGAGUCCACAGGUUUCAGCAAACAGGCCAAGAGCUUUUGUGGCACAAAGCUUAGCAUCUAAGGUUCUUUCUGACAAAGUUCGUUUGAAAAUGAAUGGAUAUUGUUUAAGUAGUACAGAGUCAGAAAGUUAACUAAUUAAAAAACUGAGUAUCAAGAAGAGUCAUAUUUAAUGAAAAUAAGUUAUUUUACUUUUUAUUGAUUUGCAAAUGUAAUUUCUAGUAAAAUUACUUCCAGAUGUGAAUAUGGUACUUGGGGUAUGAAACGAAUUUUUUUUAAAGAGGCCAUAAACGUAACACAGGUAUACAUUUAUUUUAACAAGAUACCUCAAAAGACUCCCUAUACUGGUGAUUGGUUUUAUUCCCUAUGGAAUUUUGCCGUUUUUGGGGGGUUUCAUUUCUCUUGUGCAAACUCAAAAUACCAAAGAUAUGCCCUAAGAUGUAAAGCAAUUAAACUGUAUGUUAGGUCCUGGGUAGAGCUUGGAAUUGUCAGUCAUUGUAUUAGGAUUUUUCAUCUUUAUAGAGAUAAAAUGGUUCAUUGCAGCUCUAGUUGAAGUUGUGAAUAAAGAUGAGAUUGAAACUAAGAUGUAGAUAUUUCAAGUAUACGAAUUAUAAAGAUGUAGAUUUUUCAAGUAUACAAAUUAAAUAAACUAUUGAUCUUGACUAA